GGUCAAUAGAUUGAUAAAUGAUCUGUUGCACCCCUGCUUUCAAAUUCUGCGCAGUUUUGUUUUCAUGUUAUGAAAUGUGUGUCUGCAAAGGGAUUUCUUCGUGUUGAUAAACACCCACAUUUCCUCAUCAGGGGAAACAGCGUUAUGAAUGGGAGAAAUGGUAUCCUGUGGUUUGACUAUCCCAGCGCUCUUUCAGCUGUGUUUGUUGUUUUUGGCACCAUACAUCAACGGCAGAACAUUGGAGAAUUGUCUCACGGACAAGUCAUGUCGAUCGGAAAGACCUCCCGUAGUCCUAAUUCCUGGAGACCUAGGGAAUCAGUUGGAGGCCAAGCUGGACAAGCCCAGCGUGGUUCACUACAUCUGCUACAAGAAGACUGAUGUCUAUUUCACAUUAUGGCUCAACCUGGAACUGCUGGUGCCGGUGGCCAUCGACUGCUGGAUCGAUAACAUAAGACUGAUUUACAACCGCACAACAAGGCAGACAGAAGCUCCUCCGGGGGUAGAUGUCAGGGUGCCUGGCUUUGGACAGACCUUUUCUCUGGAAUACCUUGACCCCAGCAAGCGUGACGUUGGUAUGUAUUUCGUCACCAUAGUGCAGUCGCUGGUAGAAUGGGGAUAUACAAGAGAUGACGAUGUUCGAGGGGCUCCGUAUGACUGGCGCAAGGCUCCAAAUGAGAACAAGGCCUACUUUUUGAGUCUGCAACAGAUGAUUGAAGAGAUGGCAGAGAAGGCUGGAGGUCCGGUUGUACUGAUUGCCCACAGCAUGGGGAACAUGUAUACCUUGUAUUUCCUAAACCAUCAGCCCCAGACCUGGAAGGAUCGCUACAUCAAGGCCUUUGUGUCCCUGGGUGCUCCUUGGGCUGGAGUGGCCAAAACCAUGAAAGUUGUGGCUUCUGGUGAUAAUAACCGUAUUCCAGUCAUCAGUUCACUAAAAAUCCGCUCACAGCAGCGCUCUGCAGUCUCAACCACAUGGCUGUUCCCAUACGCACAUUCCUGGCCCGCUGACCAGGUCCUGAUCCAAACACCCACCACCAACUACACCGUAAAGGACUACCAGCGCUUCUUCAAGGAUAUUGAUUUCGAAGACGGCUGGGAGAUGCGUCAAGACACUGCGCCACUGGUCAGUGCACUGGAGCCCCCUGGGGUGGCCAUACACUGUCUAUACGGCAGUGGAGUGCCCACAGCGGAGGGUUUCCUCUAUACCAACUUUCCUGAUACAGACCCCACACUGAUUAUUGGAGAUGGGGAUGGGACAGUCAACCUGCUUAGUGCCACCCAGUGCAAGCGUUGGAUAGGCCACCAGAAUCAGCCUGUCCAUAUGCUUGAGCUGGAAGGGAAUGAGCAUGUGGCCAUGUUGCUUAACUUUACCACGGUCGCCUACAUCAAGACUGUCCUUUUUGGCCCUUGAGCGACCAACUAGAUCUGAUCUUAAGAGUCACAAACAUGAAAAACUGUGAUAGUACAAAGAAGAUGAACGAUAGGCUUGUGGAUAGAUUAUGACGUCGGAGCCUGAAGAGGAAAUGUUUUACCCUAUUCCUGAUUUUUGUAUUUUAAAUUGUCCCCUGAGCAGAGUGUUUUUCCCCCCCCCAUAAUGUCUAUCCAAAUUUGACAGUUAAUUGAUCUUAUACGUAAUGAUUCAGUUUUCUAAGAUCUUUUCCAAUCCAUUUAACUCAGAUUACCAGAUUGUUUCCUGUUGUGCUAAACCAAAACACGUUGUGAUUUUAUAUACAGAUUUUACCAUAUUGUAUUUAAAGCAUUGGGGGCAUAGCUACAAUAAGUCAGUAAUAUUUGUACCAUUAACGUCAGUGAUUUUACUGUACACAUUAGCCAUGUGAACACAGAAAUAAUAACUUUAGUAUGAUUUUUUUUUUUCAGACUUUUUCUGCUGUUACAAACUGUUACAUUUUGUUUUGUUCCCCAGGUCACUGUAUGUAUAGCAUACCGGUUCAUAUUCUAUAUGUAUAACAUAAGAAAAUAAAUUACGGUAAUGCCAGUAAUUUUGUUCCUAAAACAUGUCAGCUAUUCUUAACAUUUUUUUUAACACUUCCAAUCUAAAUCAAACCAGGUUAUGAGAAUGUUAACUGUUUAAUAUGUGAUCCUCAGAAGUAGCAGUAUGUCCAGUAUUGAGCUGUGACUAAUGCAUAAAUUCAGGGCCUUUUGUCAAGGCUAGAUUGUUUACUGGGACAGCACAGGAAGAUGCUGUCCAAUCAGCUUGACUGUAACUGUGCCAUUGCUCUAUGGUUGGGCUUGACCAAAAUGUUAUUUCUGGAACUAUCAUGAUCUGUUUGUGUGCUGCCCUGUGACGAUUAAGUAAAAUGUGAUGUUGAA